AUUCGUUCGCUGCAGAUCUGACUAUCACUCUCCCUUUCUGGGUUCCUGUACUUUUUUGACUGAACAGCUUUCACCUCCAUUUAACAACACAAUAUAUCGUUUCUACUUUUCUGCAGGCCUUUGAGCAUCACCGAACCGCUGCCAGCACCAUGACGGAGGCGGAGGCGUUGGAGAAGAAGCAGCAGCAGCACAAGCCCAGCAACGGGAACGUUCCUCCAGAGGCGACCACAGAAGACGUGUUUGAUCACACAUACAAAGAGAAAGAAGGCCCCAAACCUGCGACGAGCAUCGUAUGGAAAAAUGUCAUAAUGAUGACCCUGUUGCAUAUAGGUGCCGUGUACGGCGUGUUCCUCAUCCCUUCUGCAUCUUUUCCGACCUUGCUUUGGUCUGUACUCUGUUUUUUGAUAAGUGCUUUAGGAGUGACUGCAGGAGCUCAUCGCUUGUGGAGUCACCGAUCCUACAAGGCCACAUUACCUCUAAAGAUCUUUCUUGGUGUCGCUAACUCCAUGGCAUUUCAGAAUGAUAUCUUCGAAUGGGCUCGAGACCACAGGGUUCACCACAAAUAUUCGGAGACUGACGCUGACCCCCACAACGCCGUGCGGGGCUUCUUCUUCGCUCACAUUGGCUGGCUGCUCGUGCGCAAACAUCCCGAUGUCAUUGAGAAAGGACGAAGGCUGGAGCUCACCGACCUGCGGGCUGACAAAGUCGUAAUGUUCCAAAGGAAGUAUUACAAGUCGUCCGUGCUGCUCAUGUGCUUCUUCAUCCCCAUGUUUGUGCCUUGGUACCUGUGGGGGGAGUCUUUAUGGGUGGCCUACUUCAUCCCAGCUCUGCUGAGGUACACCUUGGUGCUGAAUGCCACCUGGCUGGUGAACAGCGCCGCUCACAUGUGGGGAAACAGGCCCUAUGACAAGAACAUCAACCCCAGGGAGAACAAGUUUGUCGCGUUCAGCGCCAUAGGUGAAGGAUUUCACAACUACCACCACUCGUUCCCCUUUGACUAUGCAACCAGCGAGUUUGGCUGCAAGUUGAACCUUACCACUUGUUUCAUCGACUUCAUGUGCUUCUUGGGCCUGGCCAAGGACCGCAAGAGGGUGUCCCACGAGACUGUCCAGGCCCGACUACAGCGCACGGGAGACGGAAGCCACCGGAGUGGCUAGGAUUGUUGCGCUGUGUUCAGCUUCAAGGCGAAAAAGAAAAAAACGUAAAAAGCAGAAGCUUCACAGUCCUUUGACAGCUCUACAUUCUUCAUCCUGUGAGGAUAUAAGUCCGCUUAUUGAGGGCCUCGACCACAUUUUGCUUGUUUUUUGUGGUUUUUCGUAGCUGUAACUAAACAAAUCGUUCAAGAUGAGUAACUACCCGACACAUUUUGCAAAGCUCUUGGCCCUUUGUUUCUAACACUCAGACAGGCCAAAGUGUUGCAAAGAUGUUUUAGAUUUAAACUAGAAUCAUUUUAAACUCAACUUCAUUAUAAGCAGUCUCCGUGCAAAGUCAUGUAGCCCUUCAUUUUUAUGUGAGUAUUACGCAAAUAUUAAUCAAAGUAGAAAAGUGGAGCACAGAUUGGUGGAGAUUUAACUGAUACGUUAUCAUAGGGAUUGGAGAUUGUUGCCUUUAUUGCAGUUUACAGCAAGUUUUUACAGUUGUGAUAUUCGAGCACUCAAAGAGCUAAAAAAAGUUUGAAUCAUUUAUGGUUAGGAAAAAAAGUUUUUGGCUUUAAUGAAAAAACAAAAAAUUUGAAGAGAGGGGGAACCCAGACCCUCUUCUUAAAACCUGAAUAUACUGACAAAGCGGAAUGCCAAAACUGUACGGUGUGUUGCAGCAUGUUACAUGUUCUUUUUUUUUGGGUGGGGGGGGGGGGACCAAACCAAAUAUGAGUUUUCUUAAAACAAAUGAAGGGACAUAUUUAUCAUUAAAUAGAAAAACUGCCAUUGAAUAUUUACUGGAAGUGAAACAUGUGAUUUUAUCUUGAUUCCAUGUGAUGUGUAAUUGAGUUUCUGUGUUUUUUUAUGACUUUAUAAGAGUGCUUAAAGCGUGCCAAUGGUCGACAUAUUUAAAAACCAUCUCAAUAGAGCACACUAAGUCGAUAUUGCUUCUUCAGUUAACAUCAUUGUGGAAGUUUUUGAACAUAGUGGUAUCAGUGGCUUUGCUUCCUCCUUGAGAUUUUGAUCCAUCAUUUACCUUUUUUUUUUUUUUUUCUGCCCUGAGAAUUCUGCAGCAGCAGAGAUCUCAUUGGUUGAUGUAGCAGCCGGUCAUGUGACAGUCGUAGGCGUUAGAAAAACAACAAAGCCGCCCCAUGCAUGAUGAUAUUCGGUUGUAGGUGUCAUAGUGAGGUGAUUCUUAGGUGACUCUAAUGGCAGAGCCGUGUCUAUUUUUGUAACGUGGAGCUGCAUUGUUUUUGGAGCAUCAAAACUGUUGCUAUGGUGAUUUCUAAGACGGAGUCUGGUUUCCCUUAAAUGUUCUAAAACGCUGAUUGUCACAAAAUUCAGGUGCAUCAAUGUUUAAUGUUCAAUUCUGGUGUGCGGAAUGCCUGUACUUUCUUAUUUAUGCAUUUAUUUAUUUUGUCUCCUUAUUGGCGAAAACCAGAAGCGUUUUUUUUUUGUGCACUCCAAUAUUUGGCCGACAGACUCAUAAAGUUGAACAAAAUUCAAAUGUUUAUUUUUCCCAAGAGUCAGGAAACAACCGAAUGCCUUAUGACUUGCAUCCAUUCCUGAUCUUCUUCACGACCUGUCAGUUAAGACAAAUAAAAGGUUCAAGUACCACAACAAGAAUCUGACCAACGUCCAUGUUUACAGGCCGAAGCACCAGGGUGGAACUUUUCUGACGACCACAUUGAAAUAUUUCAAAUUGUAGCAUGACAACAUUAUAGUACAGUUAAUGCAAAUAAGAGGAAAACAAGUGUCAUAUACAAACUCAAAUCUGGUGAAACAUUUUCCAGAGUGCAAAAACGCGGGCCCUGAUGGAUGUGCCAACUAGUUUUCAAUCCAUUUUUAGUGUGAAAACUACAAAACAAAGGUGCUGUCAUCAUGAGAGUCUUAAAGCAUGUAACACGCCCGACAAUAAACAACACAAGCCAUGCAAACAACUCCUGCUUUCCAUAGCAACAAUGUUGACAUUUUCCCAGCGGCAAUGAGGAUCAUAAAAGUUGUCUCUGAACGAUUACGUCAAUUCUCAACUGUAUACUAUUCUGAAAUAAAAUCCACAAUAUUUUCAAUACACUUGUAAUUCCAUUAA